AUGGAGUGCCUGGAAGUGACCAGUUUCCUUCCUACAGGGGUUGCCAGAGGCCAAAGGGACCAAUGCCAGGCUUCUGGGAGGUGGCUCCAAGAAGGAGGCCAAGAAUGUGAGUGCAAAAGACACCAAAGACACCAUAGGAAGCCAACCAAGCCCUCCAAAGCCUGACAGCAAUUUCUCAGACAAUGUCAGCUGGCAAGCUUUGCUCUGCCUUUAUAGGCGCUCUGAGGCCCCACCCUCCCAAAGAAACAUUCUCAGCCUACAAGGCCGUGAGCACACCUAGAAGAUGCUCUUCUUCCACCUCAGGCUCCCCAUCACAGUCCCUAGUCCCUAAACCAUUCUAGUAUUCUCAAAAAAACAAAACAAAACAAAACAAAAAACAAAACAUUAUCGCCAGAAUUACUGUGCCCUCUAAGGCCUUCUCCUAACAGUCUCUUCCUGUGCCCUCUACAGACCCAGGCUUAAGUUUACUUACCUGAAAGAAACCAGGAAAGCCAAGUUUCCUAGCUGGCACCUCCU